AUGAGACUUGAUGUGUCUUCUCUUAUGAGAUGCAUUGUGAUAACCUAACAGUUAUUUUCAUUGCAAAUAAUCCAGUAUGUUAUGAGCGUACCAAACACAUAGAGGUGGAUUGUCAUUUCAUCCAAGAUAUAUUGAUGCGAAAGGAGGUCAUCAGUCCAUAUGUUAAGUUUGGUGAUUAGCAGAGUGAUAUUCUUACCAAGCCAUUGGCUCAGUCUGCCAUCAGUAGUUUAUGUAUAUCUUUAUGCUCUAGCUUGCAGGGGGAGUGUUAGAGUUCUUAUUUUCUUAUUUUCGACAUUAAGUCAUAAGGUAGUAAGUGUAGGAUAAUGUUGUAAUUACCCUAAACAUUACUUAGUUAUAAAUAAGAAGGUGUAGAGCAACAGAGCCUCUGCACACAACUGAUUAUUCUUUUUCUUCCGUCUCUUCAUCUUUUCUUCUCUCUUCUUCUAGCCUUAAUAUCACUUUUACUAUUUCAACUAUGUUUACAAACCUGACAUACAUACCAUGAAUUCAUGUUCUAAUUUUACUUCAUUUCUCAGGUACAAAAGUGCUUUAGGAGGCCUAUGGGUUGUCUUGAUCUUGUUUAUGUGCUAUUUUUCAACUGAAGUCCUUCGGAUAUCAAGUAGCACAUGGCUAAGUGUUUGGACAAAGCAGAGCAGUUCACCAAGUUAUGGACCCAGUCUCUACAUUCUGGUUUAUGCACUUUUGUCCUUUGGUCAGGUGAUGGUGACACUGACAAACUCCUUUUGGCUGAUCACAUCAAGUCUUAGUGCAGCUAGAAGACUUCAUGAUGCCAUGCUACAGUCCAUACUCAGAGCUCCAAUGGUGUUCUUCCACACUAAUCCAACUGGAAGAAUAAUCAACAGGUUUUCAAAGGAUCUAGGUGAUAUAGAUCGCAACGUUGCCAAUUUUGUUAAUGGGUUUAUGGGCCAAUUGUCGCAGCUUCUUUCAACUUUUGUGCUCAUAGGAGUUGUGAGCACCAUAUCACUCUGGGCCAUAAUGCCACUUCUAAUCUUAUUUUAUGCAGCCUAUCUAUAUUAUCAGAGCACAUCCCGUGAAGUAAAACGUCUGGAUUCAAUUACCAGAUCACCUGUAUAUGCACAAUUUGGAGAAGCAUUAAAUGGUUUGUCAACAGUUCGUGCAUACAAAGCAUAUGAUCGGAUGGCCACCAUUAAUGGGAAAUCUAUGGACAAUAAUGUCAGAUUCAGCCUUGUGAAUAUAAGUUCAAACCGGUGGCUCACCAUAAGACUGGAAGCUUUAGGAGGCAUCAUGAUAUGGUUGACAGCAACUUUUGCUGUAAUGCAGAAUGGAAGAACAGAAAACCAGGUGGCAUUUGCAUCUAAAAUGGGACUGCUCCUCAGCUAUUCAUUGAAUAUUACUAGUAUGUUGGGUAAUGUUCUGCGACACGCAAGCAGGGCUGAAAAUAGUCUAAAUGCUGUUGAGCGUGUGGGCACAUAUAUAGAUUUGCCAUCUGAGGCUGCAGCUAUCAUAGAGACCAACCGACCCCCAGCUGGAUGGCCCUCAUCAGGAUUGAUCAAGUUUGAGAAUGUUGUUUUACGUUAUAGGCCUGGACUUCCCCCUGUCUUGUGUACCUUGUCCUUUACAAUCUCUCCAAGUGAGAAGGUAGGCAUAGUUGGAAGAACAGGUGCAGGGAAAUCUAGCAUGCUCAAUGCUUUAUUCAGGAUUGUAGAACUGGAAAGAGGAAGAAUCUUCAUUGAUGAUUGUGACAUUGCAAAGUUUGGAUUGACAGAUCUACGCAAAGUGCUGAGCAUCAUACCACAGUCACCAGUUCUUUUCUCCGGAACUGUCCGAUUUAAUCUUGAUCCUUUCAGUGAACACAAUGAUGCUGAUCUUUGGGAGGCUUUAGAGCGGGCACAUUUAAAAGAUGUCAUCAGGAGGAAUGGUUUGGGUCUUUACGCUGAGGUCUCGGAGGGAGGGGAGAAUUUCAGUGUUGGGCAGAGGCAGUUAUUAAGUCUUGCUCGAGCUUUAUUACGGAGAUCAAAGAUCCUUGUUCUUGAUGAAGCAACAGCGGCUGUUGAUGUUAGAACUGACGCACUUAUACAGAAGACCAUUCGAGAAGAAUUCAAAUCAAAUACAAUGCUCAUCAUUGCUCAUCGACUAAAUACCAUAAUUGAUAGUGACCGGAUUCUUGUGCUUGAUGCUGGCCAGGUUCUAGAAUAUGAUAAGCCAAAGAAACUGCUGUUAAGUGAAGGAAGUGCUUUCUCUAAGAUGGUUCAAUGUACUGGGGCUGCAAACACUGAGUACUUGCGCAACUUAGUACUUGAAGGGCAUGAUGAGAACGAGUUCAACAAAGAAAAGACCAUGCAGCUCGACGGGCAGCAGAGAUGGCUGGCAUCUUCUCAAUGGGCUGCCGCUGCACGGUUUGCUCUUGCUCUUAACCUCACUUCUUCGCUGAACAACCUCCAACCAGUGAGCUUUGAAGAUGAGAACAAUAUCCUGAAGAAAACGAAGGAUGCAGUUGUAACUCUGCAGGGAAUCUUGGAGGGAAAACAAGAUGAAGCCAUUGAAAAGACACUGAAUCAGUACCAGGUUCCUAGAGCUACAUGGUGGUCAGCUUUCUACAAAGUGAUUGAAGGUCUGGCUCUGAUGAGCAGGUUGGCUCAAAAUGGGCUUCCGCAGUUGGAAAAUGGUUUCGAGGACACCACGGAUGAUUGGGAUCAUAUUGAAAUGUAA